AUGCCUCAUCCUCCUCUACAACUCUUAGUUGGCCCUCGAGCGCAACCAAUCACGCAGGAUUGGGUUACUCACGACCACAGUACAAGCACUGACUACGUUUUCGAUCGAGAGGAGCUCAAGGAGAUUGCAGCUUUCUCCAGGGCUAUCCACAACAAUUCCCUCGACCCCACUAUGCAACUCCCGGAGCGUUAUCUCAUUGUAUUACGCUUGUAUAACUUCCACGUUCCUUCUCAUGCGAGACUGAGCCCGCUACCACCGUUCCAAGACCGCGUUCAACAUGCUAAGAUGAUACAAGUGUCCCAGGACUUCGUAUACCGUAAGAACAUGGCUUCGAACCAAGGUGCGAAGCGUAGAGCUGAGCAAAUCGACAACGGAACCGCUAUAUUCCACUCACGCAACCGUAAACGUCCUCGGAUCGAUUCGCAAUUGCCCUCGACGUCCACCGAUCUUACUUCGGUACUCGAUAUGAGUGCUCUGAGCUCAUUCGACACUCAAGGCAUUACUCUACUGCCGAAUCCGCCGCUUUCCGCUCAAUCCGAUGGCCAUUCCGACCAAUCCGCCGCGAGUUCCACCAGUUCUGCUGCAGAACAUGUCCAAGCCGGACAGGAACACGUCCAGUCCACUACGGGACCGAUCGAAGACACAUCCAUGGCUGCGGAGAACGUCCUAGCGCAGCAGUACUGA